GAUAAUAACAAGGAGGGAGGUGGAGUGCGCAGACUGCCCGACUGAGGAGAGGCAGAUCGCCCAUCAGGUGUUGGGGCACGAGCGCUCUGCACUUUUCCCGAAAAUAACGGACUAGUUUCAGGGGCACGUGCUGUUCCUGGGAUCUUGCUUUACCACCACCAUGCCUCCCCACCCCAGAAAUGCACCCCGAGUCUAGAUGGGGGGUCUAGGGCAGGAUGAUAGAUACCUGAGGUAGGCAUGUUGUCUUUCCUGCUCAGGUCUAAGCUGACUCGCUUCCGCUGGCUGGGCAUGGAGGAUUUGAAAGAAGAUGUCAGGUUCAUUGUGGAUGAGACCUUGGACUUUGGAGGCCUGUCCCCAUCUGACAGUCAUGAGGAGGAAGACACGACAGUACUGGUGAGCGCAGAGAAACCUCUUCGAAGGGGCCUCUCUCACCGGAGUAACCCGAAUGUGGUAGCCCCUGCUGUCCAGGGUGUGAGGUUCAGUUUGGGCCCUCUCAGCCCAGAGAAGCUGGAGGAGAUCCUUGAUGAGGCCAACCGCCUGGCGGCUCAGCUAGAGGAGUGUGCCCUGCAAGAUCGGGAGAGUGUAGGGGCAGGCCCUGGGAAGCCCAGCCCCCGAGCGAAGCCCAGCCCUCGGCGGGAGACGUUUGUCCUGAAGGACAGCCCUGUCCGAGAUCUGCUGCCCACUGUGAGCUCUUGGAGCACAUCAUCCCCACGCAGCCUCUCUGGACCCCGCAGCCUCGCUGGAACCCGCAGCCUCGCUGGACCCCGAAGCAGCGAUAAAAAGGGCUCAGCCAGGGCUGUUCGGGUGACAGCUGGAAAGAAGCCCCCCAGCACAAAGAAGGAAUCGCCCACUUGCAAUCUGUUCCCUGCAGCUAGAAGCCCAGCACUCUCUCCUCUGGCACAAUCAACUCUCCCACCCCGGCGGAAAGCUGGGCCCAGUGCACGGACAACAGCAAGCCCGCCAGUCCCUGUCAGACCAGUCCUGGCUCUACAGCCCUCAACUAGCAACUCUCAGUGUUCAUCCCGAUUCCAGGGAGCGGCUGCUAAGUCUUCCAGUCGAUUACCGGUUCCCUCAGCCAUCCCCAAGCCUGCCACUCGAGUGCCACUCACGACCCGGAGUGUACCGCCGGGCAAAAGUGCCCUACCUCCAGAUUCUCUCUCCACUCGGAAAGGGCUUCCAAGUGCCAUAGGGCACAGAGCUCCUGUUCCCCAGAGAACGAAUCUCCCAACCGCCAGUGCCCCUCGAGGCAGGGUGCAGCCCCUCAGGAAAGCCGCAGUCCCUGGACCUACGCGGUAAAAAGAUCCGGCAGCAAGCACGUAUCCAGUAGAGAACCACGACACUGCCAUCUUAGCCAUCGAAGACUGGACCCUCCCCCAGCAGUCCCUGACUCCAGCACAUUCUUGCCCAGAGAAGGGAGGAAGAGUUGGUGCUUCCAGGGUUGAUCUCUGGAGACCACGGAGGAUGGGGUGGGUUGAGCUUGAGGAGACUAAAACUCCUCCCACCCCCACCCCCACCCCCACCAUGGCUGAAAGAAGAAGAGAUAGGUCACUUCCCCAUAGGCAGAGUGACUUGUCUCCACGUGUGGUCAGCUGGAGAGAACUUGACCUUCUUCCCAGACCGUGGGUCACUGGCUGUUUACACGUGAGUGGCCUGCGGAACCAGCCAGCCUUCCUGGUCUCUAGGAGAGGUCUUCCUGAAUCCUUUCCCCCACUGGAUUCUGGCCUGUUGAGAGAGGCCAGGCAGGCACCUGGCAUGCAGGGCUUGUUGCCUGUGAAUUCUGUGACUCCUCACAGGCCAAUUGACGAUAAGGUUGCUCACCA